UGAUUGAAUUCUCCACCGAUUUCUCUCUCAUUUUUUCUCCACCAAUUUCUCUCACUUCUCUGUGAUUUGGCGGCACUUCAAAACCCUAGUUUUCGCCGCAUGAAUUAUCGGAGCAUUUGAUUUUUCUCUUGCGCCUUAAUUCCCUAAAUCUGAAGGAUGACUAGUGGCCAAUUUAUGUCUGCAAUGGAUGCACAUGUUUCUCUAUUGAUAUUCUCCUGCAGCUUGUGAUUUGCUUAAAUUAUAUUCCAUCUCUUAGAAUGGAUCGCCAGGACACAUCAGGUUUUGUUAGUGGUGGAUGUUUCCCAUUUUUGGAAGCUACAUUUGAUCUUUAGUUAUUAGUAUUUCCCCUCAUUUCUUCUUAACUUAAGACCUCAUAACUCCAGCAAUCUUUUAUUUUCAUAAUUUUAAAUUUCAUUCAUUAGUUUUUCGUGAGGUGUGAGUUAACAGUGCAUGGACUGCACCUCCCACUGUUCUUCUACUUUGGCCUCUGUGUCAGAAGAUCUAUGCAAAUUUGUCAGUUAUCCGGUCUUUGCUGCUCCGGAUCUUAAUUCACCUUGUGUGACAAGCUCCUGUUAUUCCAAUGGAAGCAAGAGGAAAUGGAAUGCUGUUAAUGAGCCUACUAAAUUGAAAGAUGGGUCUUCUCCGUUUCUUGGAUUGUCUCGUUCGUCAAGUUUCUGCACUGCCAUAUGCUCUGGGAAAGAAAUAGAAGAGUCUUCUAUUGAUCUUGGUCUUAGUAUCAACAUCAACCUAGGAGAUGACAGGACAUCCAAUCCCACUAAGUUGCCUGCAGGGGCUCCAAAUACACUUGAAGGAAGGAAGCCUAAACUAGACUUACAAUUGAGUCUAUCCACUGGACCUUCUGAAUCUGAUGUCACUACUGUUACUCAAGUGUUCAGUCCUUACCAGAAUAAUUCUGAGUCACGUUCAUUAGCUGCCACAUUUCAAGUUGUGGAUGAAGGAUCAACAUCGUCUCGUUGGAAAACUGGGCCUCUUGUGUCUCCGUUGCAGAAUAUUAAGACUUCCAUUCCUUUGGACCAAGUCCAUUACCAGGACAAUCCUACUUCAACAACCCUGAAUGUUGCAUUAACUUCGGAAACGACACCAAUAUCAGUUGCUGGUGCUUCUGGGUCAGUUAAUAAGCAACAGCACCGGAGAACUGGCGUGAAAACCUGUCGGUUCGAAGGAUGCAUCAAGGGAGCUAGAGGUUCUUCUGGUCUCUGUAUUGCCCAUGGAGGUGGUAGGAGGUGUCAGAGGGAAGGCUGUCAGAAGGGAGCUGAGGGAAGGACAGUUUUCUGCAAGGCACAUGGAGGCGGUCGGCGUUGCCAGUAUCUUGGGUGUACUAAGAGUGCUGAAGGCGGUACUGAAUACUGUAUAGGUCAUGGGGGUGGUAGGCGUUGCAGUCACGAGGGCUGUGCUCGUGCUGCAAGAGGUAAGUCUGGCUUGUGCAUUCGUCAUGGAGGUGGCAAAAGGUGCAUGAUGGAAAAUUGCUCUAAGAGUGCUGAGGGAAUAUCCGGCCUCUGCAUAUCUCAUGGUGGUGGUCGUCGCUGUCAGUAUCCUGCCUGUACAAAAGGUGCUCAAGGAAGUACAAUGUUCUGUAAAGCUCAUGGUGGUGGCAGAAGGUGCACAUUUUUGGGGUGUACAAAAGGUGCAGAAGGAAGCACUCUGUUAUGCAAAGGCCACGGUGGAGGGAAAAGAUGUACGUCUGUAGGAUGCACCAAGAGUGUGCAUGGUGGAACCUUAUUUUGUGUUAGUCAUGGUGGGGGCAAGAGGUGUGCCAUGCCCCAAUGUACAAAGAGUGCAAGGGGACGCACGAACUAUUGUGUCCGUCAUGGGGGUGGAAAAAGGUGUAAGUUUGAAGGAUGUACAAAGAGUGCACAAGGGAGCACUGAAUUUUGCAAAGCACAUGGUGGUGGAAAACGAUGCUCUUGGGGGCAGUUGGGUUCAGAGUUUGGUGGUCAAGGCGCCAUUCCAUGCGACAAGUUUGCUAGAGGGAAAUCCGGCUUGUGUGUUGCCCACAGUGCACAAAUUCAAGACAAGCAGAUGCACGAGAGUGUUCCAAUAGUUUCUACAGUGCAGGAUCUACACCCUGGCACAUUUUCCCAGUUGAAAGGGUUUUCUGCAGCUGGAAGCCAUCUUUCUGAUCGCAUUGGCACAUGGAUUGAUUCAAUGGGUUAUGGACAGCAAAUGAUCGCUACGCAGAUUCCACCACAAGCAACAUCCUUUCAUGGAAACACUAGCUUGAAUGAUUUCUCUCUUCCGGAAGGUAGGGUGCAUGGAGGAAGCUUAAUGGCAAUGCUUAGAGGAAGUACAAGCUUGGGAACAAGCAACAAUAAUCCAGAAGUUGGUCAAAAUUUGGAGCCAGUGAAAUCUUAUCCUAUGCCUCAUAGUUGGGUGUAAGUUAAUUCAUCCCUUCAUGUUGGCAUAGUUCUAUUGAUUUCGGAUGUGAUCUGUAUUGCAUUUCCUUUAUCUUAGGGUUUGGUAUUGUGGAUAAGAAAAUCUUAUCCCAUUUCAUUAUGAGUCAUAAUGUGCUUGGUGUCUUCUGAAGUAUAAGAAUUCAAAGUAUAAAAUUUGGGUCUGUAUAGUAUCUGUUUAGUUAAGACUGUUUUGAGUCUCCUGUAAAUAUUUAAUUCAAAAAUAAAAAUGUUGUAAAUAUUAUGCAGUUUA